AUGAUCAAACAGUUUAUCAUUGCUUCUGCCGCAUUAGUCUGCGCAAACGCUCUGCUGCCGGUGGUGCUCGGACCCGGCGACAAUUCAAAAACAGCUAAAUUUUUAAAAGAGUCCGAAGCAAGUAAACAGUAUCGUUUGCCUCGGAACAUAGCCCCGCGAGUGUAUAUAAUAGAAUUCGAUCCUGAUUUCGUGGGUGAAGAGUUCACGUUCAAAGGAAACGGUAGCAUUAUUUUUGAAGUACUUCAGCCAACAAGUUCAGUGACUUUCCACAGGUCUAACAAAAUAGCAAUAGACAAAGCUUACACAAAACUCAUUGACAAAAAUGGAGUCGUGCUGGAGCCAAUUGACCAGGAGUGGAAUUCCCAGAAUGAGUUUUACAGUAUAAAGUUUCGAAAUAAGCUCAAACCUGGCAAUUAUGAUUUGAAGUUAAAGUGGACCGGUGAUGAUGCAGGCAAUGACUGGUUUGAUCAACAAUCUGGAUUCUUUCGUGAGAAAGACCUACUUGAUAAUGGCCAAACUCAAUAUCUGGUUACUACUCAAUUCCAACCAGUAGGUGCACGAGAUGCGUUCCCAUGCUGGGAUGAGCCUGGGUUCCGAGCCCAAUUCGAAAUAUCAAUAAAGCACUACCCGAAUUACACAGCGCUCUCAAACAUGCCCGUUAGAACCCACCAGGAGCUGCCAGAUUCCAAGAUAGUAACCCACUUCGAAAGAUCCGUGGCAAUGUCUACGUACCUCGUUUGCCUGACGGUCGCCAACUACAAGCCCGUGAGAGGUGAUAGAGGGAUCAACACAUUCUACGGGCUAGAAAGCAAUCUACCUUUUCUGAAGCAGUCGCUGGAGAUCAGCGAGAAAGUUCUUGAAGCGAUGGAAGCCUACACGGGAGUGCCCUACGCACUGCCGAAAUUGGAUCACGUAACUAUUCCCAAGUACCAGGCCACUGGGAUGGAGCACUGGGGUCUUGCCAGUUACAACACUCCUGUAGUGACACUUAAAAACACAACUUUGAUUCCCGACGAUGAUAAUUAUUACAACGGAAUAGUGCUGGUAGCUCAUGAAACUAUUCAUCAGUGGUUCGGGAAUCUUGUCACCCCUCUUUGGUGGGACGAUUUGUGGUUGAGUGAAUCCAUGACUACAUAUUUCCAAUUUAAACUUCUUGAUCAGAUACUCCCCGAUAUUCACGGAAUGGAUUACACAGUAAUUAUUUUCAUGAACGGCGCAUUCGACACAGAAGACUCCGAAAACGCAAAACCAAUAAAAUGGAUACCUCGGAAUAAAAUUGAGUAUGACAAAAUAUUCAGCUCUACUACAUAUCAAAAAGGCGCUGCCGUGCUACACAUGUUGGAACACGUCCUCACUAAAGAAGUCUUUCAAAAAGGAAUCGUUGGGUAUCUCAAAGCGAACCAAUUUCACGGCGUAGUUAGUGACGAUCUUGCCGAAGGGUUUCAAAAAGCGUACGACGAGGCUUUCAAAGAAAAACUUGACUUGAAUGUCAAAGAGUUUGUGGAUCUUUGGGUCGAACAAACAGGCACUCCACUUUUGACCGUAACUAGAAACUACGAAACCGGUGAAACAGUCGUAGCGCAGAAGAAUUCCCGGGAAAUCAACCCGGAUAACAAGUGGAAGAUCCCGAUAAAUUACGCGACUAAAUCCAAUCCUGAUUUCUCAUCCACGGUUCCGAUGGUUUGGAUGAAUGAGGACCAGGAUACUAUCACGCUGCCUGACAUUGACACGGACGACUGGAUCAUCCUCAAUAUUCAACAGCGAGGGUUUUAUCAAGUAAAUUAUGACAAAGAAAAUUGGUACCGACUAGCAAAGUGUCUGGUGGUGAAUCACGAAAAAUUCCAUCCCUUGAAUCGGGCCCAGCUGCUAACAGAUGCCUGGAGACUCUUUGACAGUGAUAAAUCUAAUAUUGAAAUAAUUUUUAACAUAACCGCAUACUUAGGCCGAGAAAAAAACAUCCUGGUCUGGAAACCGGCAGCUGAAAUUAUUUCCGAGAUGGCUGACUUGGUUCGUAAAACAGAAAUUGAAGAUUUGUUCAAAUCUUACGUUCUUUCCCUGACGAAAGAUAUGACGUACCAAGAUUUCUCGAGUUAUUAUACAAGGAACCAACUUGUACCAGUUCUUUGCGAUUUCGGGCACCCAGACUGCAGAUCGGCCGCUCGGAAACUUUUUAAUGAAUUUAUGAAGAAUCCUUCGAAAGAUGCAUUUCCGUCCUCUGAUUGGGAUUGGGUGAUUUGUUCAGCACUCCGCGAGCUCGGUACAACCGAAUGGGAAAAAUAUAUGAACGACAGUUCCCUGGAGAAGAUUGUUCCAUUAUCAAAGUACCUUUUCAUCAAGUGCACAGACGACAAAGACAAACGCGAUAAGUACUUAGACGAAAUGUUGAAGUCCAAUGCUAAUGUCAGUAAAGAUUUGGCUACUGACGUCCUGCAAGGAUUGAUUGAAAGCAAUUCCCAAAACUUUGCCUACAUACUCCAGUACUUGAACGACCACUUGGAAGCCAUUAGGAAAUUCUACGAGGACGACACAGACAACAAUCUGGUAACUCUUCUUGCUCGAAUGGUUGCUGCUGUCAAAACCCAACAACAGUUCGAUAAAAUGAAAAGCUUCAUGGAAACGCACGAGGAUAAAUUUAAAGAAAUAAUUUCCGAUCCCGAGAUGACGGUCAAGAGUGUACUGGAGGAAGUCAAGAUUUCUGUUUCGCUGGCAGAGCAAUUUAAAAAGGAAUUCAAUAAAUACAUCGAUAGAAAUUUUGUUGCAGAUAUUGAAAAUGACAAAUCGAGUAUAGAUGCUUGCAAA